AUGGGCGCCGCCGCGUGGGCUUCGUCGCCCCUGCCGCUGCGUGUGUCUCUCCUGCUGCUGAGUCUGCCGCUCCCGGGGCUGCCCGUGGGCUCCUGGGACCCGGCCGGUUACCUGCUCUACUGCCCAUGCAUGGGGCGCUUCGGGAACCAGGCUGAUCACUUCUUGGGCUCCCUGGCUUUUGCAAAGCUGUUGAACCGCACCUUGGCUGUACCCCCUUGGAUCGAGUACCAGCAUCACAGGCCUCCCUUCACCAAUCUCCAUGUGUCCUACCAGAAGUACUUCAAGCUGGAGCCCCUCCAGGCCUACCAUCGGGUUAUCAGCCUAGAGGACUUCAUGGAGAAGCUGGCACCCACUCACUGGCCCCCCGAGAGGCGAGUGGCAUACUGCUUUGAAGUGGCAGCCCAGCGAAGCCCUGAUAAGAAGACAUGCCCCAUGAAGGAAGGAAAUCCCUUUGGCCCAUUUUGGGAUCAGUUUCAUGUGAGUUUCAACAAGUCCGAGCUUUUUUCAGGCAUUUCCUUCAGUGCCUCCUACAAAGACCAAUGGAUUCAGAGAUUUUCUCCAAAGGAACAUCCAGUGCUGGCCCUGCCGGGAGCCCCCGCCCAGUUCCCCGUCCUGGAGGAGCACAGACCACUCCAGAAGUAUGUGGUAUGGUCAGAUGAGAUGGUGAGGACGGGAGAGGCCCACAUUCUCACCCACCUCAUCCGGCCGUACGUGGGCAUUCACCUGCGCAUUGGCUCUGACUGGAAGAACGCCUGUGCCAUGCUGAAGGACGGGACUGCAGGCUCCCACUUCAUGGCCUCCCCACAGUGUGUGGGCUACAGCCGCAGUACGGCGGCCCCCCUCACCAUGACUAUGUGCCUCCCCGACCUGAAGGAAAUCAGACGGGCCGUGAAGCUCUGGGUGGAAGCACUGAAUGCCCAGUCGGUCUACAUCGCCACGGAUUCCGAGAGUUAUGUGCCUGAGAUCCAAGAGCUCUUCAAAGGGAAGGUGAAGGUGGUGAGCCUGAAGCCUGAUGUGGCCCAGAUCGACCUGUACAUCCUUGGCCAAGCUGACCACUUUAUUGGCAACUGUGUCUCCUCCUUUACUGCCUUUGUGAAGCGGGAACGGGACCUCCAGGGAAGGUUGUCCUCUUUCUUCGGCAUGGACAAACCCCCUCAGCUGCGGGAUGAGUUCUGA